GCAGAACUUCCUUAAACCCCAAUAACCUUUCAGCAGCAGACAGUGUGCAGAGGCUCACUUGCUGAGCAGCUCAAGAAGAACAGGAACUCUCUCUCUCAAAAUGACUGAUAAUAUGGACAUCGUGUAUGUAUCGCUGGAGGCGGUGGUAGCCGUGUUGUGUUGCCUGGGCAACCUCUUGGCGAUCUGGGCCGUGUGGACCAGCGGGUCUCUACGACAUCCCACGUUCUGCUUCGUGGCAUCGCUGGCGGGGGCCGACUUCCUGGUGGGGAUUCUGGGGAUCCCCCUGACCGUGCUGGUGGAUGGCAAGGUGAUUACCUCGUUCCACGGCUGCCUGUUCCUCUGCUGCUCGUUGAACAUGCUAAACCAGGCCUCCGUGCUGCUGCUCCUGGCCAUCGCCGUGGACCGACACCUGAGAGUGAAGAUCCCGCUCAGAUACAAGCGGAGCGUCACGCAGAAGCGGUCGGGUGCGGCGGUGGCGCUGUGCUGGCUGCUGGCCUUCGUCCUGGGCUUUCCGCCGAUGUUCGGCUGGUACAACCGCCAGACCCUGUCCGAGAUGGAGAGCUCCAACGCCACCACCCUCGUCUGCCGCUUCGUGAACGUCAUCCCCCUGUCCUUCCUGGCCUACUUCCAGUUCUUCGGGUGCAUACUGCUCCCGCUGCUGGUGAUGUGGGGCCUGUACGCCCACCUCUUCUACACCAUCUCCAAGCGGCUGCAGAAGAGCCAGUCCACGUGCUCCCAGUCCCACGCCUACUACGCCAAAGAGCGCAAACUCGCCAAGUCCCUGGUGUUGGUCCUGGUCCUCUUCGCCAUGGGCUGGCUGCCGCUGUGCCUUAUUAACAGCGUUUUGGCCUUCGGUGUUCACGUCCCGCUGGUCGUCAUCUACGUGGGGGUCUUCCUGACGCAGGCGAACUCCGCCAUCAACCCGAUCGUGUACGCUUUCAAGGUGCCCAAGCUCAGGAAAGCCUACCUGCAGGCCUGGAGGAAGUGCACCCCCUGCUGUCAGCGGGAGGUAGCGCAGAGCACUGAGAGCAAGGAGAGCAGCAGCGCCGUCAGAAACAACAGGGUGGCAAAAUCCACGGAAGAUUCUUGCGAUAAACUGGAUUAUUCUGAAACCUAGGCCUGACCUGACCUAGUUGUGCCCGCGUAGCUUCAUCAAUAAGCCAUUCUGCUUAAUGUGAUUUGUCAGCAACAUUUUAGAAUGUGGGUAGGAUUCGAUCAGCAUUAGUCCUGAACUUUGACAAACAAAAUCAAGAAAGAGGCUUUGACACUUUGGUGAGUUCGGGAAUCGCUGAAAUGAACUUGCUAAAUUGAAUUUGCCAAGAUAAAUUCCGACAUCCGACAGUUUACAAUUAAAGAGCUCUGUUUUACCAUAAAGUGCUGGUGAACUGCAGAAAUAUACAUGUUUCCAGUCAGUAAACAAAGUAAAAGUUCAGAGUUAAAAAGAAGUGUGAAAAGAAAUGAAUUGUGCAUUGACAAACAACAUAUAACAUGCUAAAUGUGAGUGGGUGUCAAUCUGUGUUUAACUCCAUUCCUGGAGGGCUGCAAUUUAUAUUUAUAAAUGAAAUAUGUCCUGAAUGCAAAAAACUAAAUCUCAAAUUAUUGCUUGUUUUGUUGGUCUAAUUUUACCGUAACGUUGGUUGAUGUUAUCCUUGCCAACCUUGAGCUUGUUAAUCUCUCAGCAGUUUUUACUGUCAGUUACAAUUGGCUCAGGCAGCAAGCGCAGUCGUCUGGCAGUCGGAGGGUUGCCGUUUCGAUCCCCCGCCCUAACCCCUAAAUGCUCCUGACGAGCUGGUUGGCACCUUGCAUGGCAGCCAAUCGCUGUUGGUGUGUGAGUGUGUGUAUGAAUGGGUGAAUGAGGAGCAUUAAUUGUACAGUGCUUUGUAUAAAGGUGCUGUAUAAAUCCCAACCGUUUCCCAUUUGCCAUUUACAAUUGUUAUACCGCACUGCCACCACUAGGAGGGGCAAGAGGCACUGACACUGCCAUUGCAGUCUAACUAUUGUGUGAUAUUCAACUGAUGUAAUCAUACUAAAACAGCGGCGGUAAGAAUACACUAUGCACUUAUUUAGGCCUAAUCGUAAUGAAUUAAUAGGGUAUGCAUGGUUAAUGCUCAAGCUGAUUGUCCCAUCAGCAAUGAGUUACAAUGAGUUUUUUUUAUCUUACAUUCUAUUUCAAAGAAAGCUUUUUUCUUCAUUUCUGUUCUACCAGUCUGAGUUUUAUCUCUGUCUGGCAGUUAUGAUAAUUUGUAUGGCAGUUAUUUAAAGAAUUCUCUACGUGACUAUGUUCACAAUUACAUUGUGGUUAUAACGGUUUACCCUGACACAGAAAUCUUUGCAAGGAAGUUUCCAUCUGUGUCAUAUUUCUGUUUCACUCACGAUAUGCACGUCUGAAUGUAGAAAUGUAGCUUUCUGCGUUAAGAUUAUUUUUUUUAUAAAAAUGGUCGAAAGGUCAA